AUGAUAAGUACUGUGCUUUCUAAUCUAAUGAAGGAAGGCUUCGAUGUGAAAGCGCUGAGAGCUUUCAGAGUUCUUCGCCCUCUGCGACUAGUUUCGGGUGUACCAAGUUUACAGGUUGUAUUGAAUUCGAUCCUUCGAGCAAUGAUACCACUUUUACAUAUUGCAUUGUUGGUAUUGUUUGUUAUCAUUAUUUAUGCAAUUAUCGGAUUAGAACUGUUUUCGGGAAAAUUGCAUAAAACAUGUCUUCGUCCGGAUACUGGUGAAUAUAUGAAGGAAACGCAUCCCUGUGGAACUGGAUUCCAAUGUGAGGACGGUUAUGUUUGUCACGAAAAAUGGGACGGCCCCAAUAAUGGAAUAACAAAUUUCGACAAUUUCGGCUUGGCUAUGUUGACUGUGUUCCAAUGCGUAACAUUGGAAGGUUGGACAGAUGUAUUAUACAAUAUUCAAGAUGCCAUGGGGAGCACAUGGCAAUGGAUAUACUUUGUUUCAAUGGUUAUACUAGGUGCCUUUUUUGUAAUGAACUUAAUUCUUGGUGUGCUCUCCGGUGAAUUCUCAAAAGAGCGAACGAAAGCCAAAAAUCGCGGUGACUUUCAAAAGCUUAGAGAGAAACAACAAAUCGAGGAAGACGUACGAGGGUAUCUUGAUUGGAUUACUCAAGCUGAAGAUAUUGAACCAGAUGGAGAUGGUAGUUUAAUGCAAGAUGGUAAAGGAAAACAACUCAAUGAGAUAAAUUCAACUGAUCAAUUGGAAGAGGAGGGUCAGGAAGUUCAAAUAUCAGAAUCGUGGUGGCGCAGAAAGAAAAAAGACUUGGAUCGUUUAAAUCGGCGAAUGAGGCGGUCCUGUCGUAAGGCUGUAAAAUCACAAGCUUUUUAUUGGCUAAUUAUAAUAUUGGUGUUUUUAAAUACUGGUGUCCUUGCUACGGAACAUUAUCAGCAGCCACCUUGGCUUGACAAAUUUCAAGAUUAUACGAAUAUCUUCUUCAUUGGAUUAUUUACCUGCGAAAUGAUGCUCAAAAUGUAUAGUUUGGGUUUUCAAGGAUAUUUUGUGUCGCUGUUUAACCGAUUCGACUGCUUUGUUGUAAUUGGUAGCAUAACGGAAACUAUACUGACUAAAACGGAAAUAAUGCCCCCACUGGGAGUAUCGGUAUUACGUUGCGUUCGUCUUUUAAGAGUUUUUAAAGUCACAAAUCUGGGCAAUUUCGCACGGCUCUCUAAUGUCGUCGCCAUAACAGCCUCUACAUUUUCCGGUAUAACCCGUUUGGAAACGCUAGCUAGCAAUUGAACAUGUCGUUCCGUUCCUUGUAUGUGUGAUGGAAUUUUUGGAUCAUUAAAAGGUGGAUCAUCUUGAUUUAAAUAUUCUUUCAAUGUAUUGUACGGAAUGCUUCGCGUGAAUGGUGGUUCAAAUACGAUAUUUAUAUCAUUCAAAUUGAUCAUUUCCGUAUAACUUGUGCAAUUAAAGUUUAUAUCUGGUUUUUUAUAAACUCGAAGUACCAUUGGCUCGUCAACAUCGGUUUAAUAGCGUAGAAUUUUCUUGAUGGCACAGUCGCGCUUUUCUUUGCUAUCAUCAAACAACAUUGAUAACAAGAUAUUUUCCGAAUGCGCAUAGAAUGAAUUAUCUUUAAUCACUUGAUUGACAAUUUUGCGUAAACCAAGUUCUAGAAAUCGUGAACAACCAAUGAACUUGAAAAAUAAUGCACUGCCGUACACGACAGAGCUGUAAUACUUGAUAUUGAAGUACAUUGGCACAUAACAUUUAAUUAUAAAUUCAACUACUUUUUAAAUUUGCAUCUGGAUUUUCCGUUGUCACAUAUAAUCGCAAUAAUCUAGCGGCCUUGGUGAGCCACCGAGAAUGUACAAUUUUCCCUGGUUUGAUGUUAGCCAGAUCCACCGGAACCACGCCGCUUGAAAUUGCAUGGGCCAUGUCGUAUAAGCAGAGAAUGUUAAUGGAAUGAGAAGGUGCAAAUGUUACUGUUAAGAAUUUUUAGUACCAUUGAGAUUUCAAAGAUUUGUAGUAAGGGAAUUUAGCACACCGAGUUUAUAAACAAAUCACUGACUUUUGCCCACACAAAAAUUAGAAACACCACACAUCUUUCACAUCUUUCACCUCAACACACAACACAUUUCUCACCUCGACAUUAAACCAAUUAAAUUUUUCCUAUUUUCGUAUUUUUGAAAUAAUAAGCGAAUACUUAAAAUUUAUUACAUAAUUUUUUUUCAAUUACAUUAAAAAAAAAACGAAUUAAAAAAAAAAAAAUUAAUAAAAAAAGUUUGCGCCGGUAAUUGAAAUCGAGUCUAACAUGUGGCGAGGAAAAAUAGGCGGUGCGUUUAUUUCUUCGACUGCUUAUUUUUUACCAUUUUGUUAAUUUUGAAUUGUUAAGCGGAUACAUAAAAUUUAUUACAAAUUUUUUUAUGAUUACAUUAAAAAAAACAAAAUUUAAAAACGAAAAAAAAAACACCCGUCUAACGGUUAGACGCGAUAGAAGUGAAACCUUCCGUAAAACAAACUGAGAGAGAAUAAGACGAAAGCAGCAUUAGGAGCAAGAUAAUUAUAGGUUCAUUAUAAUAUUGCUAUAAAGUUCAUAUUUUAUUUUCUUCAUUUUAUUAUUAUUCAUCCUCAAUGUUUUCAAUUUCAACAAAUGAUACGAGUGGCUUAUGAUAGCUAAAAUAUGAUACAAAUGCUUUGGUUUCGAUGUUGUCAACAUUUCUUUGAAAUACCGCGUCAAUGGUUGUUUUUGAUCGUGUUGUCGAUUCAGUGCGAUUGUUACACAUUUUUAAAUUGAAUGUUGUAUUGAGAACGUCAAUUAAAGGAACCGCUGUGUCCAAUGCAAAAUUUACGUUAAAAUCGCCACUUAAAAUCAUUGGAACUUUAUUGUAAUCUUUUCUAAGUAUCCGCGAUACUUCUGGUGUAUACUUUAUUAAAUUUUCGUGAAUGAAUUCCGUGAUGCUAUUUAUUGAUUUUUUUUUCUGUCGAUAUUCACGACACUUUUCUGCAUUAUUUUUCGGCAUAAUUGCGGUAAAUAUUUAAAAAUGAAAAUAUUUACGAAUAUAAAAAUACACACGCGGUUGCUAUUAUGAGCGUCCCCAGCAAAACCUGCGUGACCGAAACUCUAACACAAUUACAUUUUUUUGAAUGUUACAAACACAUCCCAGCAAGAAGAGUGGCGGUCAGGUUACCCUUCACGUAACCGCCACGCGUGGUCGUUAAACUAUCACUAACCACGCCCCUUUACAAUCACUUUGUUAAAAGCGUUGGGAAAAUCGUGCCAAAAAUUUUGUGUACGUGUGAUUUUUUAUCCCUUUCAUACAUAUGGAUUCGUUUGCCAGUGCCAGUUUCAUAUAAACGUAGCGACGAACAAAAUAACUUUUAGGCCAGCGCCGGCAGCACAGCGCGAUUGCCUAGCGGCUAGCAAUGUGGGCUUCCGAUCCAAAAUCCUUGGUUCGAAUCACAAAAAAAAUUUUUUUUAUACAUUUUUUUUAUUUUGUUUUAUGAUAUGUUUAUGAGGAGAAUUUUUUCAUGGCAGAAAUACACUCGGUGUUUUGCCAUUGCCUGCUGAUGGGCGACCGCUAUUAAAAAAAUGUUUUUAUUAAUUUUGCUUUCACCGAGAUUCGAACUGACGUUCUCUGUGUCAAUUCUGAAUAGUAGUCACGCACCAACCCAUUCGGCUACGGCGCUUGUUUAGUUUGACUGAUGCAAAAAUGAGGAAAAAUAUAUGAAUGAAGUUUGCUUACUGCUUACACAUUUGCCAAAGGUUGACAAUUUGAUUCUCGGCCUACUUUGAUAUCAAAAAGAGAGAAAAGAUAUCUUUUUGACUUAUUGCUUUGGCAGCCA